AUGUCUUCUUCCAUUCGGCGUGCGUUCCGACAAAACACAAAUAGUGAAGUCUACGAUAGCUCCUCCACAACAAAUUCAACUCCUACAAAGUCAUUCUUCGGAAGUUCUUUGCGCGGUCGGUCAGGCUCCAAGACGAACAAGCCAAGUGGCAACGAGCCUGGUUCGCCGUCGAGGACAAAGCGGACAAUUAAAACGUCCGACAUCACAUACAUUUUCUCUGAGGACAACACUAGCUUGAGAGACUUCUCACCAGAAUUUGGUCUUAGAAAUCUCGAAAAUUGCAACGAAGAUCGCUUUUCUCGACCCGGUUCACCUCCUCUGAUGAUCGAUAAGGCUCUCGUCGACCAGUUCCCCCUACCACCAGUCGUUCAUGCAUAUACCUCCCCUGACGUCCGCGUUCCAGUGACCAGUCCGGAUUUUGAGUACGGUCUCAGAGUGUGUUCCGAUGGAUUGUUGCCCCCUCCACACCCUCGAGUCCAACAGUAUAUGGAUGAGCAAAAAGCCUUGAACGGGUCACUUCGUCGUCAGCCUCUUGUCCGCUCCUCCUCUGUAACGUCUUAUUCUCGACCAACAGCUACUGCAUAUUCUGCACUGUUUGAGGAUAAUGGCAGCUCGACUCCCAGCUUGCCGCCAUCUCCAAGUGACCGUUCUUCCGUCACGCACCAUCACACUUACAGGCGACUACUUCAUUCACAGAGCCUUAGCAGUCGCUCCCCACCUCCUUCAGUAAAGACUUUACUCCACCAAAGGUCACAUUCGGAUAUGAACUUCGAUCGUCCUGGGAGUCGCAUUGGAUUAAGAGCACAAACGCCCGUGGGAACCCAGGAUAGGAUAGGAUAG